AUGAAACCAAGAAUGAUAACAAUGAUAAUUGAUAUUGAAUAUGAUGACAUGGAUGUGUAUUUGUAUGAUGGAAAUGAAUAUGAAAGAAUUGAUAAAAUGAAAUAUUUAAAAGAAGAAGAAAAGAAAAUAAUUGAAGAAAUCAUUUCCAAUGAUGAGAAGAAUGUGAAAAUUAGAAAAGAAAAUAUUAAAGGAGUAGAAAUGAUGAUUAAACCAGAAAGUAAAUUAUCAAUGAUAUUCAAUAAUAUUAAGAAAGAAGUAGAAAAGAAAGGAGAAAAUGAAAGAACAAUCAUUUGUAUUCCUAAUGGAACAAGUCAAGGAAAUGAAAGAAGAAUAGAAAAUUCAACAAAACUGGGAAGAUUAAACAAUGUACAAAUCAUACGGAAAUAUCAUAUAAUUGAAAGAAUACUUUCAGAAGAAUAUAACAUAGAAACACCAAUUCUUAUCAUAGAAAAUACAGAAAUAACAUAUGGAAAUAUUAAAAAAGAAAACGAUAAGAUAAGAAUAAGAAUAAUAAAUACUAUAAGAACAAACAAUACAACAGAAGAAAAUAAAGAAAUCAAUAGAAUAAUAACAGAAGAAAAAGAAGAGAAAGGGAUAAUAAUAAAUAAUAAAAUAAAACAAGAAAACAAAAUAAACACAAAAAGAUGGAGAUAUAAAGAAAUCAACAAAGAAACAUAUAUUAAAACAAUAAUAGAAAAGAUAGAACAAGAAGAAGAAUAUUCAGAAUAUUCAUCAGAAAGAGAAAUGAUAAUAAAUAUCAAAAGAAUAAUAUACAAUAAUAAAAUCAAUAAAAGAAUAAUUAGAAAAAGAAGAAUAGGAUAUAAUGAAAUAAUGAUAACAUCAAUGUAUUUUAAUGAUAUUAAUGAUUUUAUUAAUUUAGAAAUAGGAAUUAAAAGAUUUCAAGGAAAUAUGGAACGAUUUCAUUUUAAUCCAAUUCCAUUAAAUGAAUAUUCAAGAAGAUUCUUUCCUAAUAUUGAAACAUUUCAUAUUUAUAAUAAAAAUGAUGAAAUAUUUAAUGAUGGAAUAAUAUUUAAAGAAGUAAUAUGGUAUCCAGUAAGUUAUUUAACAUAUUUAAAAGAGAAAGAAGCAGGAAAUAUCUAUAAAAAUAUAGAAUAUACAAAAUCAGAUAGAAAAUCAUAUGGAAAUACAAUACCACCAGAAGUUAAAUCACUUGGAGAUGAAUGUUUUAAUAGAUGUACAUCAUUAAAAUCAAUUAAUAUUCCAAUAACUAUUAAAGAAAUAGGAAAUAAUUGUUUUUAUGAAUGUUCAUUAUUAAUAUCAAUUAAUAUACCAUCAUCGAUUAUUAAAAUAGGAGAUUAUUGUUUUUAUGAAUGUACAUCAUUAAUAUCAAUUAAUAUACCAUCAUCUGUUAGUAAAAUAGGAAAUUAUUGUUUUUAUGGAUGUUCAUCAUUAGAAUCAAUUAAUAUACCAUCAUCAAUUAUUAAAAUAGGAGAUUAUUGUUUUUAUGGAUGUUCAUCAUUAAUAUCAAUUAAUAUACCAUCAUCUGUUAGUAAAAUAGGAAAUUAUUGUUUUUAUGAAUGUACAUCAUUAAUAUCAAUUAAUAUACCAUCAUCGAUUAUUAAAUUAGGAGAUUAUUGUUUUUAUGAAUGUACAUCAUUAGAAUCAAUUAAUAUACCAUCAUCUGUUAGUAAGAUAGGAAAUGGAUGUUUUUAUGGAUGUUCAUCAUUAGAAUCAAUUAAUAUACCAUCAUCAAUUAUUAAAAUAGGAGAUUAUUGUUUUUAUGGAUGUACAUCAUUAGAAUCAAUUAAUAUACCAUCAUCUGUUAGUAAGAUAGGAAAUAAUUGUUUUUAUGGAUGUUCAUCAUUAGAAUCAAUUAAUAUACCAUCAUCAAUUAUUAAAAUAGGAGAUUAUUGUUUUUAUGGAUGUUCAUUAUUAAUAUCAAUUAAUAUACCAUCAUCGAUUAUUAAAUUAGGAGAUUAUUGUUUUUAUGAAUGUACAUCAUUAGAAUCAAUUAAUAUACCAUCAUCUGUUAGUAAGAUAGGAAAUGGAUGUUUUUCUAGAUGUUCAUUAUUAACAUCAAUUAAUAUACCAUCAUCAAUUAGUGAAAUAGGAAAUUAUUGUUUUUAUGGAUGCUCAUCAUUACAAUUAAUUAAUAUACCAUCAUCAAUUAUAAAAUAG